UAUAACGGGGCGCAUAAAAGCUCAAAGCGCUGCUCAUUCGUAACUCUAGGAGUCUAGGGUUUUCAGACGGCAACGAGGAGUGGGAGCCGCUGCGUUGUUUGUUCAGAAUGGCGAGGAUCAAGGUCCACGAGUUGAGGAACAAGUCAAAGGCGGAGCUACAGGGUCAGUUGAAGGACUUCAAGGCGGAGCUCGCUCUCCUCCGCGUCGCUAAGGUCACAGGUGGUGCGCCCAACAAGCUCUCCAAGAUAAAGGUUGUGAGGCUGGGAAUAGCCCAGGUUUUGACUGUGAUAUCACAGAAACAGAAGGAGGCGCUUAGGGAGGUCUACAAGAAAAAGAAGUACAUUCCUCUCGAUCUUCGUCCCAAGAAAACCCGAGCCAUUCGCAGACGCCUCACCAAGCACCAGCUAUCUUUGAAGACAGAGCGUGAGAAGAAGAAGGAGAUGUACUACCCGUUGAGGAAGUAUGCUAUCAAAGUGUAGGCUAGGGUCUACUGCUCUUAAGGUUCAUUUUACGGACAUGUGACAUUAUUUACUCAAAUUAUCGUUUAGUUGCAACCAUGCAAGGAUCAAUUCUGUUUGUCUGUUAUUGGGUUUGAACCAUCUAGCUUGAAGUUUUUAAUAUGAGAUUGUUUUUGCUUCGAAACU